AAAGGGUGGACGAUAUGACCCCGUAAAUGACAAAUUUGGAUCCGAUGAUGUUGCCUUUCACAUCAUAAUGGCUCUCUACUUCUUCACCACAGUUAUCCUUAUUCUCAAUGUACUAAUCGCACUGAUUAACGCGGCAUUCGCAGCAGUAGACAGUAACUGGUACAGUCAGUGGCUUAGAAACCUAUUCCAGUUUGUUGGGAGAGCGGAAAAUAUGACUUAUCAUACGCCAGGCCUUCGAAGCACCUGUGGUUGGUUCCCAAGAGAGAUCUAUUACAUUGCCAACCAGCAAGAAGUGGAGGAUUAUUAUAAAAAGCAUUUUGGAGACAACAUAGUCUUGUCAACUAUGCCAACUUCCAUGGCAAUCGAGAUGGUGACUAAAAAGGCAACCGACAUACCAGCCACCAUAGCAGCCAGUAUGAGAACCAGUAUAGCAGGUAGCAAUGCAAGCGACGCGAGUCAUACAAGCAGAGCAUCACUUCUUCCAUCAAUGUCCAAGCGCGAGCUUCGGUUUAAAAAUGCGAUAGAAAGAGCUGAGAUGACAGGGUCCUCGACUACAACAAUGUCUACAGCUGGGAUAGAGACCUCGACAUAUACAGGUAAAGAGGAUUUGAGCCAGCAGCUGGAGGUGAUGCGACGUGAUUUCCAGGAGCAUCAGACCGCAGUAGAAGAACAAAACAGAGAAAUAAUGGAGCUACUGCAACUGCUGCAGAGAACGAAAUGAAGGUAGAAUUAAAGGCGGCGUUUCAUGAGCACCUUUCCUUCUUUCUUGCCUUGCUCUAGAAAAACAGCGAUGAAGUAAG